AUGAACGGAAUGUCAACAACAAGAACAACAACAACAACAACGAGGAGUGCAUCAGAUGCACAUAACAAAGGUGGUCAACAACAACAACAACAACAACAUGGUGUAGAUGAUACAUCAUUGACCUAUAUCUAUAUAUUGGAGGAGACUCUGUUUGAAGACACAUCGUUCAAUCACGAGAAUGAACCCGUUCCUCCAAGCUUCAAGCCACUCUCUUCAAUGUACUCUCGGCCUCCCCACAAAGACCGUCUCAACAACAUCCUAGCCUAUCCAUUCCCUCUCCCCAACGACAUCAACACAGACUUGUCCACAAACAAAGAGAUAUUCGAAUACAUCAAGUUCUUUGAUGUAAAGGAUGAGUUUAUCUUCCAUCAUAAUACUAGGAUCAAGCGAUACUCACGCUAUCACUUGAACCUGACACUCAAGUUUAUGUGCUGCAAGUCGGUGCACGCCAGACAGAUCACCUCUGUGGUGUUUGACCAGAUGGAGAAAUGUCGCAAGUUGGCCUAUUCAUCAGGUUGGGAGUUCCGUCGCAAGAAGACUACGACGACGAACAACAACAGCAGCGAAGAAGAUAUUACAAAUGGACCAAUCUUCUGCGUGUCCCUGUUAAGGAGCACGUUCUAUCAUAUCGUCCGUCAUGUUAUCUCCACCUAUCAAUACUCAAAGCCGCACCACAUCUCGGACUUCCCCGUGGCCUGCGAGGUGCAGGAGAAGAAGCACUCGUUCACCAUCCUGCUGGGCGGCACCUCUGGCUGCGGCAAGAGCACGCUGACCGCCCUGCUGGCCAGCCGCAUUGGCUUUGCAGCCGUGAUAUCCACCGACAACAUCAGACAGAUCCUGCGAAAGUUCAUCAGCAGGGCUGAGUCGCCGAUCCUCUGGGCGUCCACCUACCACGCCGGAGAGAUCAUCUCAGACCCGAGCCUGUCACACAAAGAGAAGAUUCUUCAGGGAUACGAAGCCCAGAACGAGAUGAUCUUCAACAAACUGGAUGUACUCAUCGAACACUAUGAAAAGAGGAAUGAGUCGCUCAUUGUCGAGGGCGUGCACUUGGACACGAGGAUCAUUCUGCGACUGGUCAAGAAGCAUCCUUCCUGUAUUCCUUUCCUUAUGUAUAUAUCCAACGAAGCCAAGCACAAGGAGCGAUUCGCCAUUCGAUCAAAGUACAUGACGCUGGAUCCCCAUCAGAACAAAUACACCAAAUACUUUAAGAACAUUAGAAUCAUCAACGACUACCUGUGUCAAGGUGCCGAUUCUGCUCUGAUCCCUCAAAUCGACAACACAAGUAUCGACAGAUCGUUGGCCACCAUCCACAGUACCAUCUUUGCAUGUCUGAAGCGCAAAGUAUACUAUGACGAGUCAUACUACAACCCAGAGACCAAUCAACUGGACAUAUUACAUCAACAAUACGAACAGAUUCAACAUCAGUUCUGGUCGUCAAAGGGUAUGCUGAGGCUGAUCCAAAAGAAGAAGGUCGGUGUGCAGUCUGUGGCCGAAGAGGAGACAUUCAACAGCGACGACGAGGAAGAGGAAGAGCAGAAGAGGAAGGCCGAGAAGCUGCUCAACAGAGAGAAGAGCGUCAGUGCCGCCGACCCCAACUUGUCCGACUCAGAGACGGAAUCGGACUCUGAGAGCCACGAGGAUGGCGUUGGUUACUUUGACAUGGGAUCACUUGGCAGCUAA